AUGGUUGGCGCUUAUCUAACAACUUUACUAGAAACCCUUACAGUGAAGAUAAAACAACAAGUAGAUCAAGCUGUCAGACCUGAAGCGACUGCUAGCUCUUUCAUGCGUGGUCACACGGAAGUCCGCGUAGAACUUCAGAUGGAGCGUUGGGCGGCGCGGGGAGGAUCGGUCCGAUUACGCUGCGUUCACGACGUUCCAGCUCACCUGCUUGACAAAGUGGUCUUCCUACGUCACGGAACAAAGAUCUUCCAAUACAUACGAGACAGGAAACCGCCGUACAGAAACUUUACAACACCCGGUGCUGUACUCAAUAUUGCUUUAGCGACGGAAAACUCAAUAAUUCUUCAAAAUUUGGACUUUGCCGCAAGCGGAAGCUACUCUUGUGAGGUAUCACUUGACACCCCUAUAUACACUAAAGCGUCCAGUGGAAAACAACUCACUGUUUUUCAUCCACAGAAGCAUCACCCACGUAUCGACUUCCCGACUCGCUACCUAAGUUCAGGGGAGACGUUACGAGCUAACUGUACAACAGCCCCCGCCCUCCCAGCGCCCCAUAUAACCUGGUUCAUCAAUGGGAAGAAGAUGGACGGAAUUGUCGCCCAUUCUCACAAGUUUCGGGUACCAAUGGGCGAACGCAGCGGCCGUCGCGGGUUACAACGAACUUUUGAAUCAAACAGUACACCACCUCCAUUAGUAGCUCUAACGCAUGCUUCACAUAUCGCCACCCGCCCUCCCGGCUGCAAUCACAAGGAUAACCCUGUUGACGAGAUUGGCGAAAUAAAAGAACGAGACGAAACAAACAUGCUCCACUCGACAUCCAGCAGGCACAAAAUUCGAAAGCCCUCGCGACGAGAUUUAUAUGUGACCAUAUCGGAACUGCAAUUAGUGGCAACGGGAAGGCUUGAAAUUACAUGCGUCAGUACUAUACCUGAAUUCCGCAGCAUCGAUGAUAAGUUCGCAGACGUCCGAAAUGACACUGUUAUUGUGGAUGUUAUCAAGCCCUCAACGUACAUCCAGCCAACAACAAACAUCACAAUAGCAGAGUACAACACUUCUGGCGCACAAAGGCCGUAUUCUGUACUAUACAUCAUGUGUAUUUGCUUGUUAAAAAUCGCUUGAUAAUACAUUAUAAUUUA